GUCAGGCUAGGAGUAGUACUGGUGGGCCGGAGAAUCCUUUAAUAAUAGAAAAAGAGCCAUUCCUCACGUCAAUGUGAAGUUCUCUCAUGGACUUAGGCAAACAAGAAGCAAAGUCUUGGUAGAUUUAGAGAGGGAGAUCAGUAGAGACGGUGGUAGCCAUUAAUGGAGGUAAGUGGAAGAGAUCGGAGGGAGGGGAUGAAGGCAGUGCUGUACAUGGUGGUGGUGCAUGUAAUAGUUGCAGGAAUGAACAUCCUCUACAAGCUUUCCGUAGAUGGAGGGCGGAUGAGCCUCCGCGUCCUCGUCGCUUACCGGUACAUGUUUGGAGCUGCCUUCCUCUGCCUUCUUGCCUUCUUCUUGCAGAGGAAGACCCGGACAAGGCUUACAUGUUUUAUACUUGGCCAGGCCUUCUGUUGUGCAAUUUUCGGGGCAUCGCUCAACCAAAAUCUCUACAUCGCCGCUAUGAAAAUGACUUAAGCGACGUUGGCCGUUGCAAUGACCAACCUCCUCCCUGCCUUCACAUUCAUUUUGGCUGCCAUGUUCCGACAAGAGGGAGAUAAAGAAGUUAAUCGAUAACAAUGAAAUACAAUUGCCGAAGUAGAUGACAAGCUUCCACCAAAAGUUAC